CCUGCAUCUGUUCCCCAUUAGCAGAGCCGAGAGUAUAAAGCAGGGAGCUGACAGGGGCUGGGAACACUCGAGUUCCUGCUUGGAUCAUGGGGUUUACUAUCUGGCUGUGCGUGCUGUGUCUGCAGGCGAGCCUGCUGUCACACGCCCUCGACUGCUCAGGAGCAACACAGGGAGAGCUGUGUGUCAGCGGACAGACCGCAGACGCACAGUAUGAUGACCAGAAGCAGCAGAGGGCGCUAUCCUUACCUGAAGGAAUGGUUUUGUUCAGACGUAAGAGACAGUUGGAGCGGAGGGGUCCCACCCACCAGAGCCUCUCCAGCCUGCCUGGGUCCGUCUCUGUCAAAGGCUUCCCUAACACUCUCAUCCAGGCUGAUAGGUCCAGGCGACACUUGACACUUCAAGCUGCGAAUAAGAAAAAGAACAAGCGUAAAUCCCGCGUUGGCUCCUACUCCCUCCUUAGCAACGACAAGACAUCCACCCCCCUACAGGUGAUUAGAGCAAGGAGACAGGCGAAGACGGACCCACCCAAGAGGGGGAGCUCAGGUCGCUCUGGGGCUUUCUCUGUCCUGGGAGAUCCACAGAAUGAUGGACAGAACGACAGACCCAAAAGAAGCAUAUAGAAGACGAGUGCUGCAAAAUAAAGAGCUCUCUCAUUUUGGGAAAGCCUUACAAGGGGCUGUGCACAGAAAAAUGUGUCUAAAAAAGCCCAAAACAAAACAUGUAAACACAAACUGAAGAUUG